AUGAAUCAAACAGAGGACAUGCAAAACGGUGAGUCUGAAAUGCUAGUGAAGACUGCAAAAGAAGUCUGUGCUGAGGGUUUGGUUGUAAGUGGAGGGGGAAAGGAUGGCAUCUUUAUCAAGGAAGUAAAAUCUGAAUCGCCUGCCUCAAAGCAUCUAAGUGUGAAAGAAGGUGAUCAGAUAAUUAGUGCUACAGUAUACUUUGAUAAUGUGUCUUAUGAAGAUGCCCUCCAGAUUCUUGAGCAUGCACAACCAUAUAAAGUGGAGUUCUGUCUAAAACGCAAACCAGUUCCAACAAGAACACAAGAAGAUGCUGAGACAAUGAGGCCAGAUGUAACCAUUGGCGAGGAGGCUGAGGGAGAGGAAGUUGGUGAAGCAGAAAUGAGAGGACGAAGAAAGACAAAAAAGCAACAUGAACGCAUCUCUUGGCCAAAAUUCCCUUCUUUUAGCAAGGGUUGCAGGGCAAAUUUUAAGAGAUCUCACAGCACAUCAGAAGCAGAAGAACAGAGGAAAUUAGAGAUAAGUCCACCGACAAGUGACACAGAGUCACCUCUUAAGUCUCCAUUAAAAUCUCCAGAUGGAAAAGAGAAGAAAAAGAUCCACAAAAUGAAGCUUAAGAUGAGAAUGACAGGUCGCAGGAGCAAGUCAGUUGAAGAGGCCCCAGAGAAUGGAGAGGAGCUAACAACAGACAAUAUGGAGGUCUUGGAAAAGCAAACAUUUGUGAAUAUUGCUGAAGAACACAACUUUCAGGAGCCAGUGAUUAAUUUGGUAGAGAGCCCUAAACUGUUGAAUGAAGCUGAUAAUACUGAGCCUACUAAAACAAGAAAUGAGUAUACAUGCCCAGCUUUGCCAGUGACUGAAUCAUUGCAUAAGGUUGAGCUCAUUAGCUUGGACAACACAUUAAAUACUACUGAUAUUACAGUUGAUCUAGGGGAGGAUAGCAAAGAAAGGAGAGAAAGAUCGGAAUUAAAGGUUAGCAUUCAAGGAAUGGAUAAAUCUGAAAUAGGAUCAGAGAGCCAAUUAAAGUCUGCCUCAAGUGGAAUGAGAUCUUCAGAUCCAUUGACAUAUGGCAAUAUUGUGGGCAGCCCCAGCUUAAUAUCACAAGGAGAGGAAGUGAGACAUCAAAUUGAUUCUGAUAGCAAGCUGAAAAAUCAAGAGAUUUUAGAGAAGACCCAAGGGUCAGAAGACAUGGACAUGAGUAUGCGUAAAGCUGAUGUUUCCCUGGACAUGUCUGAUGUAGGACUGAUACAAAAGUCACCAAGAAUUGGCAGUGACAAGGAAAAGAAAGAAAGAAACAUUCUUGAAACAGAAAGCUAUGGGAUUCGAACCAGAGGUCCACUGGCAGCCGCAACUAAGAGUCAUUUUACAAAAACAGUAAAUAGACUAGAGUUUGCAUCAUCAGACUCUUUCACUUUUGAUAUUAAAACGAGGCAGGAUGUGUCCUCAACUGUCACUGACAUGAAGAAAUCAGGCACUCUAACACCUGUUAUAUUCCAGCCAAAACCAAAUGCUCUGGAUGUGGAUAUAAGUGGGAAGAGUACUGGUAGUAGCGCUGAAGUAAUCAAAAGAUCAGAUUUGAAAAUCGACACUUCUGAGUUAACAGAAAAAGCAAAUAUUGAUUCCAUUCUAACUGAUCUUGGUAAAAGACCAGAGUCAAACUUCAAACUUCCAAAGGUGGAUAUCUCUGAAUUUGACCACCAAGAAUCAAUAAUUAUAAGACAGAGAGGCUCAACCAAAGCCCCUCUUCUAAAACGAGAGGAAAUUGAGAUUCCUGGGAUGGAGGACAAAGGAUCAAAAGCCAACUUUAACUCACCAAGAGUUAAAGAACAAAAAGCUCAGGGGGAAGCUGAAGAGUUUAAUGUUGAGGAUGUAAAGGAAGCAGUAUCAAAAUUCCCAGCAUUUAAAUUACCCGAAAGAGACAUCACAGGUGUGCUUGUACAGAGAGAAAUCAAAAUCAUGGAAAUAAAGGCAGACAAGACUGGUGUGUCACCUAGAGGAUCCCCUUGUAAAAUUUCAAGCAUGAGCACAGAUAUAAGCAGUAAAUUGCUUGAAAACACAUUGGAUAAAGAAAAACUGAUAAGUUCUUUUGUUACAAAAGAUGAAGCCUUCAUAUUACCAAUAACUGAACAACUGCAUCUUCAUGAUGAAACAAGUAUAACUGAGAAAAAAAUAGACAGAUCGAAAGUAAAGUUUGAAGCCCAACAAUCCAAAACUGGUAAAAUUUUGGCAAGAGAUGAUAAGAUAAGUACUUCCUCAGAUGAAAAAUUCAAACUUCCGAAACGUGAAGACAUUGAAAUACCUGGAAUGGAAGCCAUUGUGCAAUCAGUUCAGGUGCAUAAAAUCAAAGUAGCCAAAGAUAUUCAAGAUGAUGCUGUAAAAGAGUAUACUGAUGCAGAUGUAACUAAAGUGGUCAAAAAAGGACAUGAGAAGAAAUCAAAGAAAGCAAAGGUAUCUAUGCCAAGUUUUGGAAUCAUGAAACCUGACAUUCACUUCCCAGAUAUUGGGAUUGAGUUACCAAAAAAGACCACCUCAUUGAAAAGUGAUGAAAUAAAGGAGACGGAAGCAAAAAUAUCUCUUGAUGAAUCAAAACAUAAAAAGAUUUCUCGUGAAGAACAUGUAGUCAUCAAACAAUCUGCUGAAGAGACAGCAUUUGAAAAAUCCCAUGAAGGAGAUGUAAAGGGUGAUCAAAUGCUACAUCAUGAUGAUAGCACAGUUAUGGAAACCCCAACACAAGAGGUAACUGAACAGGUGGCAUCUGCCAAUGAUGGAGAAAUGAAAGCUGAAAUCCAAAGCAAAGACACAAACACUGAUUCCUCUCCACAAAAAAAGAAACUGCCAAAAUUCAAAAUGGCAAAAAUCGGAGGGAAAUCUAUAAAAGAAUCCAUUAUAAAAGAGGAUGUUACGAUGCAAGAAAAUGACAAAAUAAAGGUUGAAUUAGAUUCUGAGAAGAGAACAUCUGAGACUGAUACCAAAGCACAAAGUUUUGAAAUAAAUUUGAGUAAAAUAAAAAUGCCUAGUAUAGAUAUUUCUCUUCCAAAAGUAAAAAUGCCAAAGACAGAGGAAAAAAAGCAGGAGAAAACUGGACUCUCAAAGCCUGAAAUUGAUGCAGGUGUUGAAUUUAGCAAGGAUUUUAUCCCCAGUGAGACACCAGGGCCCACUAAAGAAAGGGUUGGGAAAGUUGACAUUGAGGUUGAGGCUGUAGAAGAUGCACAAGAGGAUAGUGGGUUUAGACUGAUCAAGAAUGGUAUCUCAUUGCCAACAGAGAAGACAGAAGAAAGCGGUCUUCUACCAGAGGAAACUAUCUCAUCUGAAAGAACUAUCAUCAAGGUUGAUGGAAAAACUGAGGUGGAGUCAUCUGAACUUCCACAAGCAGAAAUCAAAGAAACUGAGUCUAAAAUGAAGAAAAGGAAAAUAUCAUUUCCCAAAUUUGGAUUCUCUAAAUCUGAAAAAUCUGAUGCUCACAUAUCUCUUCCAACAGUACACAGCUCUUUACAAAAGGGAGGUGCUGAUAUAACAGAAUUAGAUAUUCAAAGUAAGUCCACCGAGGCAGAGGCUGAGUUAAAGGAUUCAACAGAUUCUCCAACUAAAUUUAAACUUCCCACAAUUAAACUUCCAAAAUUUGGUGUCUCAUUUCCAAAGGCAAUCGAUGCUGGGAGAGAUAUUCAAAUGCCUGAGGCUAAGCUAUCUGGAGAACCUACAGCACUACCUGACAUGAAAGACCCAGAAACUAUUCUCUGUGUAUCCAAGUCUGAUGCUGAACUGUCUGUGCCAGAGGGAAGAUUAGAAAUUACAGAUAUUAACAUUCCGAAAGUAGAUGAUGUUAGUUGUGAACAUUCAUUUUCUAAACCCGAGGUUCAGGCUAGUCUGAUGGACAAUGAAGUUGAUGGAGAAUUUCCAUCUGUUAAGCUUUCAAAACCAGAUAUCAAAGCUGCAGAGGUUGAUGUCAGUCUUCCACAGAUUGAUCUCUCCAUACCAGGAGGCAAUGUGGAAAUAAAAGAGCCCAAUGUCAAUUUCACCAUUUCAAAGGGUGAGGCUGAACAAAAAGACAUAACAAUUGUUGGUUCACCAGUAAAGUUUAAACUCCCCUCUAUCAACUUGCCAAAGUUUGGAGGUAAAGCAUCAAAGGUAGACAAAGAUUUGCCAACUGUGGAUAUAGAUGCUGAAGAACCUGAUGAAGGACUUUCAGAAGAACAAAUAAGCAUGAAACUAAAAGGCGAUGCACCAUCAGGUGAAAUCAAGGAAUCUUAUGUGACUAUUGAAGGUCAGUGUGUUAGUGUAGGCCGAAAGGUUGAAGAUGCAAAGCCCAAAAGACAAGAAGAUACAGUUAAUCUGCCAAAAUUUGUCAUUAACCUUUCAGAAGUAAAAGCUCCAGAUACUGAUUUUAGUACAUCAAAGAAAAAGAGAGAUCUUACUUCAAUGGAUGCAAAAACUGAGGUACAAUCAUCUUAUGAUGAAGUGCCCACAGAAACAUUUGAUAAACCAGAAGAUGAUUCUAAAGGACCAGAUGUACCUGUACAGAUGAAAAGACCAAGCUUUUCACUUCCAAAAUUUGGGUUUUCAAAACCAGACAUUAAGGCUUCUGAGGCAGAUUUGAGCCUUCCAAAAGAUGAUGCCUCCGAACUUGAAGGAAGAGAAGAAUCAGUUGUAGAGACAAAAGAGUCAAACGCUGAGGAUGACCAGACUGAAAAAGUUUCAAGAGGAUCUCCAUCAAAAUUUAAACUUCCCACAAUUACGUUUCCAAAAUUUGGAGUCAAAUUUCCAAAGGCAACAGUCUCUGACCUUGACAAGCAUAUGCCUGAAGUCACCAAAGACGAACCUACCAUGAAAAUUAAAUUGCCAGAGGCUGAUGUGUGCAGGGAACUGCCAUCAAUACCUGAAAUGAAAAGUCUAUCUAAACCUGACAUUGAUGUCUCUACACCAGAGGCAGAAAUGUUUGAGGAUGUUCACUGUGAACUGAAAAAAGAAAUUAUAUUAUCUCCAGAACUUGCAUUUUCUAAAGCAGAUGUUAAGAUGAGUCUCAUAGGCCAUGGUCUUGAUGAAGAGCCAGCUAAAGAAGAUUUAAUAUCAGGUAUGGAUGUUCAAGCCAAGAAAUUUUACACUGAAGUCAAACUUCCUUCACUUAAAGUAGAUGCAGUCAUCCCAAAAGCUACAGAAAAAGAGAGUGAUAUUAAAUUAAAAAAACUGAAGAUGUCAUUUCCAAAAUUUGGAUUUUCCAAAUCUGAGACUAAGACCCCUGAUGCUGACACCAGUCUCCAAAAAGAAGAAAUAGCUGUUCCAGACACUGAGAUCAAAGAGAUUGAUGUAACAAUUCUUGCUCCAGAGGUUGAAGUCCAGGAAAAAGAUAAAAUUACUACUGGUUCUCCAUCUAAAUUCAAGCUUCCAACAAUUUCUCUCCCUAAAUUUGACAUUUCCAUUUCAAAGACUGUCGAGGAAUCUACAGCAAAAGUGGGUGAUGUAACACAGUCAGAAAUAAAGGACGAAUCAGAAGCUUUGUCACAAAAUAAAACCAAACUUGAUAUCUCAAAAGAAAUAGCAACUCAUUAUUCAGAACCAUCAAAACUACAUUUUGAAAGUCAACCAAUGGAUGCUGAAAUAAAGACCAAAGAUAUUGAUCCUGGAAGUCAAGGAAGUAGAUUUAUGAUGCCCAAAUUUGAAUUUUCAUUUCCAAAGCUAAAAGGGCCAGAAAGUAAAAAGGGUGCAUCAAGUAUGGAGGAUAAUAUAGAGAAAAUUGAGUAUACACUAACACAUGACAUGAAAAUGGAAACUGGGGUAAAGAUGAAGACGCCAAAAGUGCUGAGCUCAGAACAUGAAUUUUCUAUACAAGACAUUAAAUCUCCAGAGAAUAACAUUGAGAUGGGUGAUACAUAUGUAACAGAAGCAGUGGACGUGAAACAACCUGAAUCUGACAUGAAAAUUCAAAUGACUGAGAUGUUAAAAGAUGAUACAACCGCAGGAGGUUCACCAAUCAAAUUCAAACUUCCCACAUUCAAACUACCCAAAUUUGGGAGUUCAUCUUCAAAAACAAAACCUGAAAUAACAGAAUUGAGAGGUGAUGUGCUUCCUUCGGUGGCCCCAGAGAUUGAUGUCAGUCUUGGACAAGUUGAUUCCUCUAAACCAGAGGUUGACAUGGAAAUAAAAGAACAAAGUACAAAUAUCCCAGUGUCAAAGGUUGACGCUGAACAAAAAGAUGUAACAAUUGGUAAUGCCCCAACAAAUUUUAAACUCCCCUCAAUCAACUUGCCAGAGGUUGGAGAAAACGGUACCAAGGAAGAGAAAACUAUGCCAGUUGUAGAUAUAGCUGUUAAAGGACCUGAAGUAAGUGGUCCAGAUACACAAAUAAAAAUAACAGAUGAAGCCCUAUCUGUUGAUAUAAAGGAACCUCAUCUGGUCACAGAGGCUCAAUCUGUUAAUGUGAACAUAAAGGUUGAAGAUGUUGAACUUGAAGGACAAGGGGGUAAGUUUAAGCUGCCAAAGUUUGGUAUUGACCUUCAUAAAGUAAAUGGGUCUGAUUUAAGUACAUCAAAUGCAGGGGAUAUAGCUGCUGAAGUACAGGAAACUGAUAUCAAAGAACCAAAGAUAAAAACUGAGGGGAAAGCUUACACAUCAGAACACGAUUCUAAAGGCCUAGAUGUGAAGAUGGCAUUACCCAAAUUAGGGUUUUCAAAACCAGAAGUAAAAACCUCUGGGGUUGAUAUAAGUGUUCAAAAAAUGGAUGUCCCAAUAACAGAAGGCAGUGUGGACAUAGAAACAAAUGUAGAUAUCAAAUUGUCAAAGGUGGAGUCAGACCAAAAGGAUUCAAACAUUUUUGGCUCUCCAACAAAGUAUAAACUCCCGUCAAUCAACCUCCCAAAAUUUGGAGUUAAAUCACAAAAAACAGCUUUAGACAUUAAUGUCAUAGAUUCAGAAAUGGAGGCUACAAACACAAAAUGUUCUCAACCUGUGGUAAAAUUAGAAGUACAACCACCAAAGAAUGAAGUUCAAGAUGAUGACACUGAGAAGAGUGCAAACAUACCUGAGGUUGAUUCCAAAGGAAAAGGAAAAGUGAAGAGACCAAGUUUUUCAUUUCCCAAGUUUGGGUUUUCUAAACCAGACACCACAACUCCACAACUUGAUGUCAGUGUACAAAAGAUUUAUGUACCUAUAACUGAAGGCACUGUGCAUGUAACAGAACAAACAGCAGAAAUUACACUUCCAGAGGUAGAGGAACAGGCUGAACAGAAAGAUCCAACAAUUGUUGUUUCCCCAACUAAAUUUAAACUGCCAGCAUUUAACCUGCCAAAAUUUGGAGUCAAGACCUCAAAAGGCAUGGUAAAUCUAUCAUCAGCAGAAGAAGACAUCAAAGGAACAGAAAUUAGUGUUAAUGUACCAGAUAUCAAAGUGUCAGGAAAAAUACCAAAAAUUGACACAGAAGAAAUAAAAAAUGAAAUUGAUCUGAGUCCCACAAAAAGAGAAACUGAUAUUCAUCUAGCAGAGGGGAAGUUAAUACUACCCUUACCUGAUGUCGACGUACAGGAUUUUUCCAUUGAAGGCCAUGCAGACAUACCUGUGGUUGACACAAAAGAGCUGGAUGUGAAACUGAAGAAACCAAGCUUUUCCCUGCCCAAAUUUGGUUUUUCAAAGCCAGAUAUUAAGGUCCAAGAAGCUGUUGCAAGUCAUCCAAAGACUGAUAUGUCAAUCACAGAGGGCCACAUACUUGUUAAAGAACAAGAUGCAGAAAUUACCUUUCCAGAUGAAAUGAACAAACAAAAAGAUCCAACAUGUGUAUCUCAGACAAAAUAUAAACUGCCCUCAAUCAACCUUCCAAAAUUUGGAAUGAAAUAUACAAAGGAAAAAUCUGAUAUUCCAACAGUAGAUGUAGAUAUCGAAGAACUAGAAAUCAGUUUUCCUGAAACAGGAGAGGAGCAAACAUAUGUCGACAUUAAGGGGCACUCUGCUGAUGUGGACAUUAAGGGCAAAGGGACUGACAUUGAUGGGCAGGGUAGCAAGUUCAAGCUACCAAAAUUUGGAAUCGGCAUGCCAAAGGUAAAGGAGACAGAGACUGGCCUGCUAUCUGAAGAACAGGUAAAUGUGCAACGGCCUGAUGUUGCAAUUGAAGAUGUUACCACUGAGGGAAAAGCAGAUAAAGCUGACGUUGAUUCCAAAGGGCUGAAAGUGAAACUUCCAAAAUUGGGAUUUUCAAAACCAGAUCUUAAGUCUCCUGAAGCUGAUGUGAGCCUGCCCAAGUCUGAUUUGGACAUAUCACUGGGAAUUACUGAGGUUUCAGAACAAUCUACAGAUAUUAAAUCUCCAAAAAAAGAAAUUGUUAGCUCUCCAUCAAGAUUUAAACUUCCAUCAAUCAAUUUCCCAAAAUUUGGAAUGAAAGCAUCAAAGGGCACAGUGGAUAUCCCAACAGCAAACAUGGACAUCCAAGGGCCUGAAGUUAGUCUUCCUGAAGAGAACAUUAAAAUGUCAGGAGAAGCACUGUGUAUUGACAUGAAAGAGCCAACAGUAAAUGUUAAGGAUGCUUCCAUUGAGAUCAAAUUCAAGGGUGAAGGAAUCGACAAACAGCAACAAGAUGGCAAAUUUGAGAUUCCAAAAUUUGGAAUUGCUCUACAUAAAAUAAAAAGUCCAGACAGCGACCAGGGGCAUGAGGAAACCCUUUGUGAAGUAGAAGGGAAGAUUCCAGGGGUUGUACUAUCCAUAGAGAAUAGAGAGCCAAAUGUAUCCAAAGUAUCAGUGGAAGUGGAUAUGGAGGCUAAAGGUACUGAACUUGAAGUAGAGAAAAGUAAAUUCAAAGUACCAAAACUUGGAAUUCCUCUACAAAAAUUGAAAGGUCCAGAAAUGGACACAAAUGUUUCAAAGGCAGAGGUUUCUCAGACUGAAGCCAAAGAAGCUGAAGAUGCUGAUGCUGAUUUAACUGAUAUGAGUUCUAAGGGACUAAGUUUAAAAAUGAAGAAGCCAAACCUUGCAUUUCCAAAAAUGGGAUUUUCAAAAUCAGAUGGCAAGGCCCAAGAUAUUCAAGCCAGUAAAACAACAGCAGAUGUUUCCUUGCCAGAGGGCUCUACAGAAAUACAGGAAACUGAGAAAGAUAUUAAGCCACCAGAGGGUGAAAUAGAAAUAACAAGUCCACAAUUUGGUUCACCAACGAAAUUCAAACUCCCAACAAUAAAAUUACCCAAAUUUGGAGUUUCCACUUCAAAGGUCACUGGGGAAGCACCAAAGGCUGAUGCUGACAUCAAGGAAACUAAAGUUAGUUUAGUGGAUAAUGAGGUAGAGACAUCCAAGGUGGAUCAGUCAGAUGUUGCAGCGGUGGAUGCCACUUCUGUUCAUACUAAAACAAAAGCAAAAGGAAUUUACCAAGAAGGACAGGACAAUAAAUUUAAACUUCCAAACUUUGGGGUUUUAUUACCCAAAGUAAAAGGCCCUGAGCUGGAAGUUGCUGCAGUAGAGGUAAAAACAGAUGUACCUGAAGUUGGGAUCACAGAACCAGAAAUGAAGAUCCAAGCAGAAGGAAGUCUACCAACAGUAGACAUAGAGGUAGAGACAGAGCUUAAAGAUGAUAAAAUUGUUACAGGUUCUCCAAGUAAAUUCAAAGUACCUGCUUUUAAAAUGCCAAAAUUUGGAAUUUCAGCUCAAAAGACAUCUGACAUAAAAGCAGAAGCGGCAGGAGUCAAUGAACCAGACACUAACACUGACCUAAAUAUUGAAGACAAGACUAUACAAAUACAAGAUUCUAAAGCAAUACACAGAGAGGGUGAAAUUAAAGGAACCACUGAACAGGCUGCUGCUAAAAAAGUGGAUGGGGACAAAGGCUCACCGAGUAAAUUCAAACUUCCUACCAUAAAAAUGCCAAAGAUGAGCAUUUCAAAAACAAAAUCUCAAGAUGGAGAAGAUGACACAACCAUAAAGGCCAGUGCUCCAGAAGGUAAAACAGAACCCAAAGAUGAUUUACAAGGGCCUGAAAAAUCACCCAGAUUUACAAUGCCUACCCUUGGGGAUGUUAUCAGUGGCUUUGAUGUAGAAUUUAAUGUUCCAACAUUAGAAGAAAUGGAAGCACAAAAGGACAAGCCAUCUGCUAAGCAAAUUAAUGAGGCUGAAGUCAAAGUUGAGGUAUCAGCAGAACAUAAGGACAAAGGAACUCCGGAAAAAUCCAAAUUUAAAUUUAAAUUUCCAAAAUUAGGAUUCAGCCAGUCCUCAGAUGAAGGUGAUAAGUUGGUGGAUGCUAAGGUUGAGGAAAUUGAAAAGCAUAAUGAAGCUUCAGCAGAUCAGAAAGCAGAGGUUAACAAAGAACAACCAAAAACGGAGAAGGGGGGCUGGUUCAAGUUUUCCAGACUUUCUUCUCCCACCAAAACUGCAAAGACCAAUGAGAAAGAAGUAAUUUAUCCAUCCAAAGAGGCUGAGAAAAUGUCCAUGAAUGACGAUGUAGAGAAAGAAUCCAUCGAGGCAAACGAGGAACCUGAGAAGAGCCCCCUGAGUGAGAUUGUGGAGGAGAAUAUUAGCUCAACAUUGUCACUGAGGUCAUCUGAAGCCUUUGCUGAUAUAAGUUCCACACAAACCACUGAGCAGGUUGGCUUGUCACAGACCUCGCCUACAAAAGUAAAAGUAAAAUAUGCUGAACCUACUGCCACUGUUGGCGUCAGUGAUGUAAAUAGGGAUGUUGUGACUUCCACAGCCAGAUGUGAACUGAUAUCAAUGGAGCCUCACCAGCCAGAAAAAGUGAAUAUCCCAUUUUCAUCAGAUAUGUCCUCACCCUCAGUGGACACUCCUAAACAGAUGUCAGAGGAAAUUCAUUUCAUCAUGUCGAACAUACAAGCUAUACCAGAUACACAGCAAGCAGCAACCCUCACUAAUUUAGAUGUCCAUGGAAUUCACACCUCACCUUUACAAGUAAAACUCGGAUCGGACUCGGUGUUGACAGUGGUGAAAACCAGAAUGCAACAUGGGGAGCACACUUUAGAGGAAAGGCAUGUUGUGAAAGAGACGUUAAGUGAAGAGACUGUACUUGUGACCCAGAGAACACGUGUAUUUGAAGGAGACUCUGUAGAACCCAUUUCUGAUGAGACAGCUUCCUCUAUUCGUAGGCUGCGAGAUACAGUGCACACUGAGAAAAUGAAGUUUUUUGACAGUGUAGAGACAACUGAAGAGGUCAAUGAUAAGAGCGCUGAAAUAUCUAUAAGAUAUAUGGGUUCCUCUACCGAUGACAAUGAGGGGAAAUUAACAUGAUAUGGCGAACAUGAGUUGUAUAUCGAAUCAGCUGAUUUUAUGCUUUUGAAUGUAUGUUUCAGUGUUCUCUUGUAUAACCAUAUAAGCCAGCUAAUUUGUAUUGCUAAAAAGCAAAGUUGGGCCAGCACUUAUUUAUUAAUAUGAUGCAAAGAUGUUUGUUUAGCUAACUGAGAUAUUUUUUAAAUCCACUGGAUUAUAUAUAUAUAUAUAUAGAUAGAUAGAUAUAGAUAUAUGUGCAAGGAAAAAUAGGAAAAGGUUGUCAGUGUGCUAAAUAAUAAAACUAUUAUCUUGGGAAUAUUGUUUAUGGUGGGAACUUGGUAAUAUUCAAGCAAACAACAUAUAAAUAGAUAUAUUCACAAAAAUUAUACAUUUGGUGUGGCUUUUAAAGACUGUUGAUAGUAUCACAUAUUAAAGCAUUUAUUUCUUUGAGCUCAUCUAUUUUGACAAAUAUAAAUGCAUAUAAAAUCUGUGUUUCUGAGGCCUUAGAAAUUUUUUUUUUAAAUGCAAACAAUCAUGUAGCCUACAUAUUUUAUUCAGUUAAAAAGUCUCUCUCUGUCAUCUUUGUUUGCUUAUAACAAAGCAUUUGCACCUGAUGGAAUUUAUGUGUUUUUUCUUUUUAAAUGUAUGUAUUCAAUGCAUAUUUUUAGUUUCUUAAUAAGCAAUGACUUAUCUUUUAACAUAUAUAGUCAAAUAAAUCACAUAAAUGUUGUAAGAGCACAUCAGCUGGUCACUGCAAAUGAAGUAAAACAUUACUGUAAAUUAUGCUCAGUGUCUUAGUGUGUGAACAAUUACACACAAAAAAGUAAAACAAUACAGUCAGUAGCAGUUUGUGCACUCAAUAAAGUUCUU